CUUUCGGCAACAUGACGUCACUUCCUGGAUGUAGGGGGGGGGGAGACCAAAUGACAGCUGGUUUGUUUUCAUCAACAAGGGGGAUCCAGUGUGGACAGUAAAGUGACAUGUGAUGAUCCUCCUCCCUUAACUGGCCUGACAAGAGCGCCAAAAAGGGGAGCAGCUUUUUCCUUUUGCAGACUUCUCCUCACUCCUUCCAUCCAUUCUGGAGUCACCUGUACAGAAACCGCACCAAACAGCUGAUUGCAGCCACAUCAAAGCAGACGUCGGUUCAGCUGAAGAGGAGGCCGCUCAGCAGGAAAGCGUCAUGGAGCCUCGAGAAGACAGGGAAGGUCGUUCCUUUGUGGAGGUUAUCAAUGAGAAGUACAGCCCAGAAAACUUCCCGUACCGCAGAGGGCCUGGGAUGGGAGUGGUGGUGGUUCCCACUGCAGGUCUCCAGGGUUCCCCCAUGAAGGACCGUCUGAACUUGCCCAGUGUGCUGGUGCUGAACUGUUGUGGGAUCAGCAAAGCAGGAGACCAGGCUGAGAUCGCUGCCUUCUGUGCUCAUGUCAUGGAGCUGGAUCUAUCGCACAACAAUCUUCAAGACUGGCAAGAGAUCAGUAAAAUUGCAUCAAGCAUCCCCAAUCUGGAGUUCCUCAACCUGAGCUCCAACCCGCUGGCAGGAACCAUUCUUGAGCCGCAGUGUGCUGAAGCCUUUUCACAAGUGCGACGCCUGGUUCUCAACAAUACUCAGAUAUCCUGGGAUACAGUGAUGCUGCUGACCCAGAACAUUCCUAAACUUGAGGAACUGUUCCUGUGCCUUAACGAGUACAGUAGUGUGAGUGCCUCCAGCGUGGCCUGCCCCACCCUGCGCCUCCUUCAUAUCACCGACAACAGCCUCCACAAUUGGGCCGAAGUGGGCAAGUUUGGCUCCAUGUUCCCCAGCCUGGACACUCUGAUCAUGGCCAACAACAACUUGGCCUCCAUUCAGGACAACAAGGAUAUUCUGGCACGACUCUUUCCCAACCUGCGCAGGAUCAACCUAAACAACUCAGGUCUCAACCGAUGGGAAGACAUUGAGAAGCUGAACUUCUUUCCAAAGUUAGAUGAGGUGCGACUUCAAGGCAUUCCCUUACUGCAGGCUUACACCAAGGCAGAGCGCCGCAACCUCAUGAUAGCACAGCUUCCCUCAGUAUCCAAUCUAAAUGGCAGUGUUGUGACUGACAGCGAGCGAGAGGAUGCAGAGAGGUUCUUCAUCCGUCACUACCUAGACUGCCCUGAGAAGGAGCUACCGUUCAUAUACCAUUCCCUGGUAACCAAAUACGGCAAGCUGGAGCCGCUCGCUGAGAUCGACCUCAGACCUCGCUGCCGGGCUCAGGUCGAAGUUCAUUGCGAGGAGAAAGUAGAACAGCUGUGCAUCCGUUUGGACCAAACCGUUGCUGAGCUGAAAAAGCAGCUGACGACUGUGGUCCAGCUCUCCACCAACAGUAUGAGGCUUUACUACAUCGACAAGGACAGCGCCUUUGGUCCAGAAGAAUUGAAGUACAAUAACCGAGCUCUCCACUCCUACAGCAUCCAGGAUGGUGAUGAAAUACUGGUAGUGCCCAAGACCAAGUAGAAGCCUUUUGUUUAGAAGCUUGAUAAGAAGGAUUUAGAUGUCUAGGACUAUGUUGAUUGCUUAAUUGUUAUUGCUUGGAAACACUUCUGAAACAGCAAAGGUGGCAUGUCUUUUUGAAUGGAGAGAGGCAGUAAAAGGAUGAACGCCAUCUUGGAGACUGGAAAAAGAAACUACGGUGGGCCGCCGGUUGGCUCUUGCUGGAAGUCCAGAGAUGAUAUAUUUCAGCUUUAUUUAAAGAGAAACUCAAGUGAGUUGACAGAUUUUUCAUGCUAAAGGCUAAGAGAGCAACAUGGAUUCUGCUUGCAGCGUUAGCAGACAGGAGGGCACUGCAGCAAAUCUCAGCUGCUUAUUUAUUACACGGCAUCCACCAAAGCACCUUCACCGACAAAUGCCCAGCACUGCUCGCUUGCCCACCUGUUCAACAGCUACCCUGGUUUUGGCAUAACAAGAACCUGUUGUCACGUGGAGACAGACGGCUGCUCUCAGGUGCACUUUGGCCUUUGAUACUACAGAAAAUCUGCCUAGAUUAAAAUGUCAGACGCAGGAAGGGUGAUGAAACUGGGUCCAAUUCUGAUGGAGGAUGUUAUAGUCAUGUUUUUACAGUCCAUAUGAAAGUACAAGAAGUAUUAAACUGACCACCCCACCAGUAUUGUGUAGCUUAGACUGAUGGUCCACGAUUGGUGCUUUUAUAAAACAAUAAUCGCAGUUACAGUCUAAUUUCCAAACUGAUUUCAAAAUUGAUAUAAGCUAAAUGUAAAAUGUGUUUCCUGUUAGCAAACAAUAAGAAAGUUGAUAGGAAAUGAAUAGAAAGAGCUUAAUUAUACCAAUUCAUCACAACAAAUCCUCAACUGCCAAUAUUAUGUAAAAUCACAUUACACUGAGAUCUGAUAUUUGAUAUCACAAACCUCUGCUUUAGUGUAUUCACUCACACAACCACAGGUGUUUAAUGUUUUAUGCUGCCCCCUGCAGGCCUCUUUGUGAGGCAAAACUUGAUGCAUAAACAACUUGAAUGACAAUCUUUGUGAUCAGCCUUUAUGAUUAGACAAGUGUGUUUGAUUUUAACAGUUCUCAUUUAGUUUUGUAUGUUUAAUAAUUAAAAAAGGGAUUCUAUUCAGCAGAUUUAUUUAUCUCUCUACAAACAGUAGAGACUGAGAAAUGUUGGUUUCUCUGAUCUGUAUCCUCAUAUUUUAAACAAUACAUUUCAAUUUUUAUUGCAUAAGCCUGCAACACAUUCCAAAUUAGACAUUUGAAGUAUUUCAGAGUGGAGAUUUUCUGGCAUCUGAAAAUCAACCAGUUUUCUUUAAACAUGUCUUAGAAAGCGCAACAGUAAGGAGUUUUCAUCCCCUUCAAACAUUCAGUUUUAAAUUUCUCCACAGAUUCUCUUUUUUACAUCAGAUCAUAAUCAUAUUUAGGUCAGUCUCUUUUCUUCCUCUGCCUUAACUUUGUAAGGCAUGGAGAAUAAUAUUUUACACUGCCUUCUUGAGAAACGUGUGAAUCUCCUAGUGGAAGACCCACAUGUUGUUCUGAAAUCUCUGCUGUACUUUUGUGCAUCAAAGCAGACAUUGUAGAAGUGGAAAUGAGGGCUAGGUAAAAAAUUACAAUAACAAUAAAAAUAACCCUGGCCUUCGGAUGAGAUGUUGAUACUCCUUUUCAUAUUCAGUCUGUGUACAGAAAUGAGCAGUUUAAGCCUGUGCACUGACACCAUAGUCAUUUCAUGAUAUUCUGGACUGUUAAGGGAGAAAUAUGCACAUUCCAUUUAUAUUAAAGGAAUAUUGAUUUAGUGCCUUGCAAUAUAAUUCACACUUUUACAUAGUUUGCCAAUUUGUAAUUACAGCUUUAGGGGAUUUUGUGUGACAGACCAAACCAAAGUAGUAGACUGGGGAGGAAUAUUUAUUUUAGUUAAUAAAAAUCAUUACACCUCUCAUCCAAAAAGCUUCUUCAGUUCUGAACAAAAGUGGGAAUUAUUGCAUAUAGUUACAGGAAGAACAGUCACACUCAAAGAUGAUCUGAACAGGUCACCUAACCAUGCAACCCAUAUGUGUUUAUUCACAUCUCAAGUUGUGAAUGGUUGCAAAAACUGCCCAAAGAGACAGGACAAGGCUGCAUUGUAGGCGUUAGAAAGAUGGAACCUGACACCACCACCUCUGUAGCCUGCAAUCUAGGGUAAACAUAGAAAACCAGAAAAGUUACCCUGUCACAGAAGCAGCUUUUACACCAAAUCAUAUCUACAAAAAUCAGAUGACUUCACACAUUUUAAAUCCCAAAUUUUUCUUUCACUUUAUAAAGAGCCAUUCAUAGAUUGUCUUUAAAUGUGUUGCAGGCUUGAAAUGCAUAAUAAAUGUCACUGAAUGCAAAAUAUCACAAAUCUCAGCAGAGUACAGUGACUUCAUUGAAGGUUUGCACUUUAUUUUUUGUCUUAUUUACAUCUUUGAAAUGCUGUAUAAGCAGUGCAUAAGCAGAUGCUGAUCUUAGUUGUGGCAUUUAAACACACUUUUGACCUGCCUUGGGGACAUUUAUGUAUUUUACCUUUCCAUCCAUUCUGCACAAAAACACUCUCACCAAACACUGCAUAGUAUCUUAGAAUUAAUAUUAUUACUGUGAUUAAAUUUAUUACAAUGUGGUAUAUAUACAAUAGUUAUUGAUUUUAUGAGAACAUAUCCUUCUUGUAAACAAGAAGCAUUGACCUUAGAAGUUUGGUGCUAAUGAUUUUCCUUUCACAAGCUACUUAGCAGAAUCCCAAAACAUCUUUACAGCUAUGGACAGCUACGUUAAUACUAGGUUACUGCUCAAAGACAAAGCUGAUUUGUUGAGCUUCAAAAUUAAAUAUUCCUUCCUAGUUGCUCCUGGGAGACAAAUCUCUAGAUGUGGUCUAUUAACAAAAAGAUCCAGCUCUCUUUUUAGGGAAUCUGAAUUACAUUUUAACGUCUGAAGUUCAAAAUCUUUCAACUGAUCAACCUUGUGUAAUUUGCUACAUUAUACACCGGUUCUUUAGCACCAAGUUAGAAAUUAUUUUAAUUCUCCAUUCUAUUUGUUAAAGCAAAAAGGGAAAUUUUAAAAGAUUGUUUCUCCAUCAGAGACACAUAAGAUUGAGACAAUAAUAAAACUGCUAUUUUUACCCAGGAUAAACUUGAAUUAAAUUAUUUUACAUUAAUAACAAAUUCUUUAAGAAACUGUUUUAAAUGUUGAGGUCUAAUUUGCUUUGACAUUGAUAUUCUUAGCUCUCCAAGCUAUGGUUAGCUAUGUAUUUUACUUUCCACUUCAAAACUAGAGAAAACUUUAUAUUUGAGUAAAUUAGGAAUCUCCAUUUUAGAGCUGAUGCUCGAAAGUUUUUCCCUUUUCUAGAGUGUUUGUUCUCCAAAUCUACAGCUAUACUUGAAUAAGUGUUCAUGGAGAAAAAAACAAAGUUGGACCCUUUCCUCCAUAUUUGAUCACGGCAGUUUUGAAAUCAAUGUUAGUGUAGCAUGAAUAGCAGCCAUACUAAACAGAACAGAGAGGCAGUAAUGUAGUGCAAGCACCAACCAUCAGGUUUCCAGUACUACUACCUGAAUGUGUCUUAAUCAACAUGAGCUUGUUUGGAAUAAUAAAAUGUUGCAUUAAUUUGCAGCGAGGGAUGAUAUAAUGAUAUGCAUGUUAUCUAUUUAUUGAUUGUGCAUUCACAAGAAAAGUUUUUACACCUGCCUAGAUCGAUAGAGUAAUGCACUUCCUGACACUGUGUCUUAAUUUAACAGAGAGCGGAUGAUUUCAAGCCUUUAUGUGGAGAUUUAUCAUUUCUUGAAAUUCUGGUGUAAUGUUUCUUCUGUUGUGAGCUGAAAUUUAGCCUUUUUACAGCCCCUUAAAGUAUCAUACAGAUUUUUUGUAACAAAAAAAAAGAUUUGAGUUAUGUUUGUUUGACAUAAGACGUUGGCAUCAAAGUUUUUCAUAUUUAAAAUCCACAAGUAAAAGGCUUAAAAACAAUAAAACUCCCACACACAUAGGUCCUUAAUUGCAAAAUUUUACCUUUAUUAAGUUCCUCUUUACCUGUCUGUUUAGCUGUUUUGUGCUGCAGUUUUUGCAUAUGUCAGAGUAAAGGAACCAUCAACAUCAAGCAUCAGUUUCCAAAGAAUCCAACUGAGAGGUUUUCAUUUCAAGAACCAUCUUUUAUUAAUUAUUCAGCAGUUCAAGAUGGAGACAUCCACCACACAAACCAAAACCAUACCAGCAGUAUCUUCAGUAGAUCAGAAUGCACUUCAACUUUAUUACUGAUAUAUUUACUUUUUAUUUUAAAUAUGUGUGUUUCAUGUUUUUUGCACAUUGAUGUACUGUAACUUAAAACAUUGUAACAAAUUUUGUUCAAUAUUUGAAAAAAAAAAAAAAAUUCCUUAUCUGCCUUUUUUUGCCAAGAAUAACAUGAGGUGAUUAUACCACAUAUAUUUCUACACACUGGAGAUUGUUAGCUUAGCUUAGCAACAAAAAAAAGAGUGAUGAAAUGAGUCAAAUAGGAAAGAAUACACCUGUAUGUUCUUCUGACUCUGUUAAACCCUGAUCUUAGUGCACAGUUAUAUAUAAGUAGAGGCUAUUGUUUCUAACAUCUAUGCUCCCCUUUUGCAGGAUUUUGUGCAAAGCGAAGCUAAUUAGUUGCCUCUGCUUCUUUACAUUAACAUUAAGACCUAAUUGUGGUGUUGAAUCUCAGAUUUUUACCCAUCUAGUUGAAACCAACAUAAUAUCCUAAAAACAGUCAUAUCUUAAAAUAUUAUGUGGUAAAGGAAUUCACAAUGAGUGUUAGAAAAAAUGCUAAUAAAGCCUAUGGAGAGCACAAAAUGGUGGUAAUGUCAUUUAAGUAGUCGGGUACCAGCCCACUAAUGUUGGAUUCUGUUAGUUCUGGAAGUAAGAAAUCUCGAAUUUAGAGUCUGAAAGAUCAGCUAGAGGUGCCUUAACAACCCUGACCUUGAAAUCCAAUAUGGCUGCCACAUGUAAAGUGAUAUCUUCAGUAAAAUUGUUGAUUUAAACAGUUUAUUAUUGAUAUUCCUGUUAGUUUUUUUGUUCUCUUAGCAAAACUAGCAAAUCACUUUCUUUUUUUUUUUUACUUGCACAAUGAAUCCUUCCAAACUAGUCGGGAUUUUAGGAUCUGCCUGACGCACGAGUGCAGGAGCUUUCUUUAAACCAGUGAUGUCUAGAGUCAAAGGAAUACUGCCAGCAUGUUUUACAUCUUUCCAUCACACACCUGAAUCAAUUGAAUGAUUCAUUAGCAGAAAUCCUUCAGAACUCAACAACGCUCUGAGAAGCUAAUUGUCGGUGCAGAAAUUCAUCUAAAAAAUGCAAGACACUGGCCCUUGAGUACUGGAGGUGGACAUUCCUGGUUUAAGGUUGCACUGUUCUGGUAAAUUGAUGUUUUCUGCUAAUGCGCAUUCAGUAUGGGCAUUCAAGAGUUCUGCAAAAUAUGGAGGGCCAAACUGUCCAAAUUAUAUAAAAAUAAUUUAUUAAAUCAAUAUUUUGCAUCUCAGAGUCUAAAUCACGGAUGGAUUUAGAUCCAUGAUUUAAUUUUACAAAUCUCAUUUGUAAAAUUGUUAUUUAAAUGAAAUGCACAACACUUUUUAUUGAAAAAUCUCAUCAUUCCCAUCUGCAGAGGCUACAUGGAAGUACAGUUGUAAUGAAGAAGGUUGUGGGUUUGACUCCGGGCUUGGGGUCUUUCUGCAUUAAGUUUCUACCUAUGCAUUCAUGGGUUAACUCCUGAUUCCGUCUUCCUCCCAGUCUAAAAACAUGCAUGUUAGGUUAAUUGGUCUUUCUGAAAUGCCCUUAGGAAGGAGUGUAUGUUUGCAUGGUUGCCUGUCCUGUUUUUCUCCUUGUUGCCCUUAUGACCUGUCCAAGGAGUACCUUGUGUCAUACCUAAUAACAACCGGAGUUAGGCACCAACUGCCCACAACCCUGUAAAAAUAAGUUGGUAUAGACUGAUAAAUGCCUUGCAGAACACCAUGACUACUUUGGUAAAUAGACCCCAACUUUAAUGGCUAACCUGCUGAGCAGGUUCACUUCAGGUCACAUUAUUUGAACAAUAGAACUACUAUUUUCACUUACUGAUUGAUCUUCUUUGUUUUUAAGUGCCAAAAAUGAUUUAAUCAAGUAAUGUAAGUCAAAUAAUUAUAAAUGGAUUAAUUAUGUGUUUAUUAAUUAUGUGUAACUGUUAAUUAGUACAUAACAAAAUAUGCAUAAGAAUAUUUUAUUUACAAGUAAUUGUUUUUAUUAACUUGUAAACUAUUCAUUUCAUAACCUAGUUGCAGUAUAUAACUAAUGUAUAAGCUGUCAGCUUUCCUCACCUGGCUCAAUGGGUGGGAUUACAAGUGCUAUAACUAAAAGUGAUUGGGCUGAAUUUGACUUGCUGAGCAGGUAAACCAAUCAGAUGUAAGUCUGUUUGAUGGGCCCCAGAGAAAACCUAAAGAAUUUCAAAAUGUUUUCCAGCACAAGAACUAUAAGAAGGUCAAAUUACAGAAAGAAUUAGUUAAGAAAUUCAACCCAUAAUAAAGAUUUAUUUCAUUUGAUUAUCAUAUUUAACUAUUUAAUAAUUUAAUAACUAUUGUAUAGUUAAUAAAUUUACAACGACAUAAAUGUGGAUAAGAUUCACAGUAAUCAUGCAGGAACUGGGCAGAGAGAAGAGGGGAAAACAUGCAGCUAAAUUCCCAAGGUCAGAAAUUGAACAUUGGACAACUUCAUCAAGGACCAAAAACUUCCAUGUGUGAGCUGCCUACUCUAUGGCACACAAUGGGUAUAUUAAGUGCAUUUGUCUGCAAUUGAAAAAAAUACAAAAUUUAAUCUACAUAAUUUUUCAUUUAUUUGAUUGUGAUACAUUUGGACCUCCAUAGGUAUUAUCUUUUCAGAUUUUCAAUCUAUGCUGUUAAACAUCUUGCAGCUUUUGUAUGAUACAUUAUGCCACUUUACUAAAAUUUACUAAAUCAGUACUUGCUUCUGUGGAUUCAUCAACAAGCACACUUCAUAAUAUGCCUGUUUUGCUUAUAUUUCCCUACAUUUAUAGAAUUAUGUUGAAUCAAAUGAGAUAUUUCUGCACGUAAUACACACCAGUAUUUAAGUUAAUCAUUUCACACAGUCUCAUCUGUGGCAAUUAAAUCAUGAUUUUGCUUUCUAUGGGUUUCCAAGAACCCAUAAAAAGUCUUUUUGUUUUUUAAAGAUUAGAGUGAGUCAUCUUUCUUGGGAUGAAAGAUGCGUCACUGAAUGUUAAUAAAUGGCCGUCUCCCUC